CUUCACACUGUCGUGGGCGCAGCCACCAGCAUGUGUAACCGCGGGCCGAGGUCUUCUGGACUCAUAAGUUGCCAUUUGCCCUCAGUGAACACUGACUUUACGGACGGACACCACGCGAAACAUAUAUACGAUGAGCAAACCAUUGAAAGCUACCGUAAACUGUGAUAUGGGGGAGGGUUUCUCGUUGUACACUAUGGGAGACGACGAAGGUCUUAUGAAGACAAUCCAUUUGGCAAAUGUCGCCUGUGGAUUCCAUGCUUCCGACUUCUCAGUCAUGAACAAGACGGUUGCACUCGCUAGGUCCAACAACGUCCUCGUCGGGGCCCACCCUUCCUUGCCUGAUUUACAAGGUUUUGGGCGUCGCGAGAUGGCAAUUGAGCCGGACGAGCUAGAGUCCUGCUUCAUCUAUCAGGUAGGUGCAUUGGACGGGUUUUUGAAACGCUACGGCCUUCCAAUGAAUCACAUAAAACCCCACGGCUCUGUCUAUGGUCAGACAGCACGCUCUAUCGACCUUGCACGGGCAGUCGUUGGUGUCACAAAAAUCUUCAAAUCUAGCGCGGCCAGUCCUCAAGGUGUAGCCUUUAUGGGGCUUGCUGGAACAGCUCAUCAACAAGCUGCAGAAGAACUGGGUGUGCCGUUCAUUGCAGAGUGGUUUGCUGACCUUGAUUACAAUGACGAGGGGAAAUUGUUGAUAACGAAGAAGCAUGACCCAGUACCCGUUGAGGUCGUGCGCCAACGAGUAACAAAUCUUCUGAGGUUCCAUAAAGUUUCUACAGUCGGAGGCAAGCUGCUCGACAUCGGAGCAAAUGUCGCUGAAGUCUCCAUAUGCUGCCAUUCUGAUACUCCAGGUGCAGUGGAAAUUGCGCAAGCAGUGAAAGCUUUGGUAGACGAAAGCAACAGAGAGGCCGGUUAUGUGUGAACGAGUGCGAGGGGUUCCAGUCCGAGAAUUUGACUCCAAUUACUGAGGACUAUCAUGUAGUGCAGGUUGUAAGCUUUCGAAGAUGAAUCAAACUUUGAAGAACUUGAAGCUGGGAUGAUACAACUAUUAUUGCCCUACUAAUGGGAUAAUUGUCAUGGCGUACCAUUGAUUCAGCUCGGCUAUCACCGUGACAGGCCAGAUGUUGACUCUGCUACGUGUGAUGCCAGCAGUGUGUGAACAUGAGUGUCACACAUCAAAG